AUGCUAGCAUCGGCAGCUCGGAGCGUAUUGCGACAUAAACCGCUCACCGCAUCUUCGAGAAGGUUUUACUCGGCGUCGGCUACUGCCCUUAACUCGCAUGCUCGAGGCGUUUCGAAGCAGCAACAGCAAGAUCAACCUGUCGCUCGGACGGGCCUAAAGGAUCUGCACCCGCUGCCCAAAGCCAUGCGCGAGCAGCUUGAGAAAGCGGACGCGCCGAAAGAGCCGUAUACACCUACGGGUAACUCGAACGACCCAUCUGUGCAUUCGAGUCGACCCGCUUCACAGCCAGCUGAGCCUGAAGUCGACCCAAGGGUAGCUGCUCCCGGUCUGGUCAAUGGAUCGUCUCGCGUCAAGAAACCGUCUGCUUCCAAUAGCACUUCCACCAAAUCAGCAGCUCGCAAUUUCACUGCAUCUUCUAGAAGCUUUUGCUCGGCUUCGGCUCCUGCGCUCAGCUCGCGAGCUCGAGGCUUUUCGAAGCAGCAGCAGCAACAGCCCGUGGCACGAACGGGCCUCAAGGACUUGCAUCCGCUUCCCGAUUCCAUGCGCGAGCAGCUUGAGAAAGCGGACGCGCCGGAAGAGCCGUAUACACCUACGGGAAACUCGAACGACCCAUCUGUGCAUUCGAGUCGACCCGCUUCACAGCCAGCUGAGCCUGAAGUCGACCCGAGUGUAGCUGCCCCUGGUCUGGUCAAUGGAUCUUCCUCCAGCAACGGAUCUUCUGCUUCCAACAACGGAUCCACCUCGUCUGGCUCUGCCUCCGCCCCGUCCAGCAACAUCUCUGAGGAGUGGGGAACCAGUUUUGCAGGACUUGGCGAACGCUCCUUUAGCCGGGAGGCGAUCGAGGUGCUCAUGGCACCAGUCAACGAAGCUGACGUAGAGAUCAAGCCGGACGGACUGAUCUACCUGCCGGAGAUCAAGUAUCGUCGCAUUCUCAACCGGGCCUUUGGGCCGGGAGGAUGGGGGAUGGCGCCUCGCAGCGAGACCAAUGUCGGUCAGGGCAUUGUGAGCCGUGAAUGGGUGCUCAUCUGCCAAGGACGGUUUGUCGCCACGGCCAGAGGCGAGCAAGAGUUCUUCAAACCAUCCGGAGUGCCUACUGCGUCCGAGGGGGCCAAGUCGAAUGCGCUGAUGCGAUGCUGCAAGGAUUUGGGAGUCUCUUCGGAGCUGUGGGACCCUCGCUUCAUUCGACAGUUUCGUAAGAAGCACUGCAUUGAGGUAUGGGCGCAGGAUACGGCUGGUAAAAAGAAGAAGCUGUGGCGUCGCAAGGAUGACCCGCCCUUUGAGUAUCCUUGGAAGGAGACUGGUACUGCUUGA